AGCCGAGCGGCGAAGUCACCGGCCGCGGCGGGGGCCCGGGAGCUCGGCCCGUCUGGGUGGGGCGCGCGUUAUCCCCGCGCCGUGCAGUGCGCACUUACCGGCCGGGCGCGGGGGACCUGCAGCCGCUGUGCCCAUGGGGCUGUGCCUGCCCUGCCUCGGGGAGUCCGAGCCUCCCUCGCCGGACCCUGAAGAGAAAAGAGCAAAGCUUGCAGAGGCUGCAGAAAGAAGACAGAAGGAGGCUGCAUCUCGGGGCAUUUUGGAUGCUCAGUCUGUGGAACAGAAGAGAAAGAGAAAGGAAAAAAUGGAAAAACAAAUCACUACAUCUGGGCCCCCACCAGAAGGUGGACUUAGAUGGACAGUUUCAUAAAGGAUAAUAUGAGUGAGAGUCUCCUGCCAAUAACUAGUAUCUGCAAUCAAGUGGACAUCCUCCAUUUAAUUUAUUCUCUUUUAAUAAAUGGAGAUUUAGACUUUGUAAUUUUAGUGCCAUUAAAUGCAGUGCUUUUUCAGUAUUGAAA